GCACGGCUUGCUAUUUAGUAUUAAAUAUUAAUUGUUUACGGUUUACUUAACAAAACGUCUACUGUCUAGCGUCUAGCAAGACAAUACAAUCAAUAUUCAUUACAUAAUAUAUGCAAAGAAAAUUGUGUUCCUUAGGUCUGAGAUUCAAGUGCCGGUCGAUUCUAUUGAUCGCCAUUCACCUAUUAGGACCCGUCAGGAAUACCGAGUGCUGACUACAGCAUACGGAAGACAAAGGGACGUGAAAAAAUAUUUUAUUUAUUUUCAAUAUCUUACUGAAGAGUGAUGAGUAAAAACUAGACUGGAACAUUAAUGCAUUAUUACAACCAUAAUUGAUAAAGAAGUACUUCCAUCUCCGCAUUAACGCGUCCUCGUCCUAUACUAUAGUGUACAACACCAACGUUCGUAAAGUUCAUACUUCAAUACUUCAUAAUUGAGUGCACAUCCUUAAGAAUUUUUAUUCGUUUCUAUUACUACCCGACGGAUAUAUUCAAGUACCUGUAACAUAGGUAUAUUGUAAUAUCAACUUACCAGUUCUAUCCUUUGACAACGUCGUUUUGCACGUUACGCCCUGUGCAUUAAGACGCUAGAGUCAUCAUGGAAAACCUAGCUGAUAAACAAAUAAGAACUGCUAGAGCAUUGUUGAAUCUUGCUCAUUCAUAUCUGCAUACUGUUAACAUAGAAAAUUCAGAAGAAGAAAGUGGAGAAACUGAAACCGGGGAAACUGAUAGUGAAGAAAUUGAAAGUGAAGAAAAAGAAGUAAAAGAAAAAAUUAAAGUAAAUAAACAACAGAUUAGAGAGGAAAAGCAAAACCAAUUUGAUAAAAAAUUUAAUAAUAAAGUAAAUAUGAAACAACAGAAAUUUGAAAAAAAAACAAAGCUAGAAGAUAUACCACAAUACUUUUAUAGUGAUUUACAACAAAAUUCAAAUAAAAUUUCAGCUGUUAAAAUUGACACAGGAAAACACGAGAUUGAACAAAAAGUUGCAAAUAAAGGUCAUGAUGAUAAACACCAUAAGUUAAAUAUUGACUUACCAAAAAAAUCUAAUAACAUUUUACAUCAAAAAUUAGGAGUGAAAUGUGAAGAAGAAUUAAUUGGGGAAGAACAAGAUGAAUUAAGUAAGAAACAGCAAAAGUUCAAUAAAGAUGAUCAACCAAAAAUUGUCAAAGACAAAAAAUAUAAAUGUAAUGAAGAAUUGAUCAAAGAUUCUGAAAAAAAAAAACAAGAAAUACAAAUACAAUUGCAGAUUGAAGCCCCACCAAUGCCUGGUGCAGAAGUAGAUUUAUAUUUAGAUAUACAAGUUGAUUCAGAGUGUCAAUUUAAUGAAUUAAAUACAUCACAAGAAAUUGAAGGAUCGAUUCAAAAUAUGGAAAAAGAAGACUUAAGACCAGAAUUAAAUGAUAAUAUGCAAGAACAAUUUGAUAAUAAAGUACAACACGGUGUGAAAGAACUACAGCAAGAAGAUGAUGAAGAAAUACAAACAAAUGUUUAUGAAGAGAAUAUGGAUGAAAAUCAUAAAAGAAUACUACAAGAAAUCGAAUCACUUAUACGCGAUUUACAAGAAAAAGAAAAAAUAAAGAAUAAUAUAAAUGAAGAAGAAGAAGAAGAAGAAGAAGAAUGUGAUGAGUUAUUAGCAACACGAAUUGCAAAAAUAACCAAGGAAAUUGAAGAAUUAGAAUUAGACAUGGAUCAAGAGCACGAUGAAGAAUUAGAAAGAAAGUAUAAUGAUGAAUUUAAUCGUAUGUUUGCAGCAGAAGUCAAAGAAAAAUUCUUAGAAAAACUACUUCUUUCAUUUAAACAAGAAUCUGCACCAUACUAUAGAAAAAUUGAAAAUUUGCUUAACACUUAUUUUCCAACUGAAUUAGGUAAAUUUAAUGGUAAAAUAUCUAUAGAUCCUAAUCAUUCCAAAUUUAAUGAAGACCUUAUAGAAAGGUCUGAAUUAAACGUUGAUCAAAUUGAAAAAAUACAAGAAGAAUCUAAUAAUAAAAUUGACCAAUUUAAAGAAGUAGAAGAAGGUCUUAAUGUUAACACUCACAUAUCUAAAGAAAUAGUUGAAGAAUCUGAUAUAGAAAUGGAAGAUCUUAAAGAUGAAGUAGUACAAGAAGAAUUUUAUAAAGAAAACGAAGAUGGAAUAAGAGAAGACUCUGAUGUAGAUGUUGAAGGAUUUGAUGAUGAAGGAAAAGAAGACAUGGAAUGGAGGAACAUACAAAUAGAGUCUGAAUUAAAUUCAGAUGAAUCUGAUAAGCAGUCAUUACAAGAAAGUGAAGAAGAAGUAGAACAAUUACAUGAAGAUGUCAACAUAGUAACUGAAGUAGUUGAUGAUUAUGAAGUAAUUGAAUCUUCUUUAGUAGAACAACAUAGUCCAAUUGAAGAAUCUGUUUCUACAGAUAAUGAAUUUAGUUCUACAGAAAUUAAACCGUAUAAUAGAGAAAUACAACAGAAGAUUGAUAAAGGACAAGUAAAAUCUAUUGGUAAUAUACACGAAUUACAAGAAAAAAUACAUGAAAAAAGUGAUAGUGAUAAAUCUCAAAAAUUUGAAGAUUUGCAAUUACAAAUGGAAUUAGAAAAUAUACAAGAUUUAGAUGAAAUACCUUUAAAACUAAAAAUACAACAAGAACAGUUAGAAGAAAAAUUACAUCAACAAAUGAAAACAUUUCAAGAAGAAUUUUAUAAAAAUUCAAAAUUAGAGUAUGACAAAGAACAGCAGUUAAAAGGCAAUACAUUAAAUGACCCUGUUUAUGAUGAACAACAAAAGUUAUUUUAUGAACUAAAAGACAGAUUUCAAAAAACAAAAGAAGAAUAUAAAGAUUUAGUACAACAAAAAAUGAUUGAAGCGUUACAACAAAAAGUUGAUGAAAAACAGUUACUAGAAAUGAAAGAAUUCCCAGAAGAGUUUGUUGAGCCAAAUAUAGAAAUAGAAGAUCUCCAUAAGGAAGUUCUGCAAUUAGAACGUGAAUGUACUGAAUUAGAGCCUGAAUUUAGCUACAAUAUACCUUUAGUUGUUGAUGAAAAACCAAACACUAAAAAGACCAAAAAAGUGAAAUAUAAUUUAUUUGACAAAUUGCAUGAAAUACAUAAAAAAAAAUUAUGUUUUUUUGCCGAUUCUAAAGAGUGGCCUGAAAAACAUUUAUACCCAUCAUGUUUGCUGGAUGAAUUAUUUGAUGAUCCUUCAGAAGUUAAUCCUAAUGUCUUUGUGAUUACCUUGUACUCUGUAGAUGUUGGUUAUUCAGUUAAAAUAUCCAUGAAUAAAGAUAUACCACCAGUUGAAACUUUUUAUAGCUACGCCGAAGACUCUAUAUUAGAAUUUGUAGAAAGAGAACAACUUCCACCAUGUUUAUUGCAUUUAUUUGAUAAAGCUGAUCCACAGUUAUUUUAUAAUGGACGUGUUAUAGCAGAAAUACAUAAUAAAUAUCAUGGUGAAGAAUUAACGAGAGUAUAUCGAAUUUUAUUACAUCCUCAUGGUUUGUCCAUUGAAAGUGAUUUAAAUCGAAUAAUUGCUCAAUGUAGUCCUGUCCAUUGUUCAUAUGAACAAAGAUUAAAGAUAGAGAGUAAAUUGAUAAAACUAAAUUUUCCUGUCAUAUUAACGGAUCCGUCGCCUAUUGCUGGGUUAACUGUUCAAUUACAACAUCAGUUGUUAAGUCGUCGUACUAUAGCACUAAAUCCACUAAAAGUAUUGAAUGAUGAUUCUUCAAAGUAUAACGCGGAUAUAUUAAAAAAGUGGCAAGAAGAUACAUUUCUUAAAACUAAAUCACAAAAAUCGUCUUCAAAAUCGAUGGAGGAUAUUGUAAGUGACAGUAUAAUUCAUAAUCUUUUAUGGAAGUUUGAUUUCCGUAUACAAUCUUUUAAACUUCUCAAAUUAUACGUUUUUGUUAUAACUGAAACUCAAGAAUAUUCUAUGCUAUUGUGUAUGAAUUCAAACGUUCCGAAUGCUCCGAAGAUGAGGUUUAAGAUAAAUCUUGAAACAAAUAAGUUAAAAGCCUACAUUGAUGUGAUAUUAGAAAUUCUUAAACAACAAGUUAAUCCUGACAUUAUAGCAGUCCGAAGAUAUAAAAGUGAUGAUAAAUCAAUACCUCGAUCUACUAAGUGUGUUCCAUCAUUGUUGAAUGACCAUAUUCAUGAACCUAGUCCAGCAGAUUUAUCAAAGUUGCUAGAUGAGUUGUUAGUAAGUAUUGAUACAUCAUAUCAAUCUGAUCGACAAAAGACUGAAGAAACAAAAAGAUGUUUAAAAGUAAAUAAAAAGAUGGAAUCAAAGAAGAAAACCAUUAACUCUGGUAGUUCAAAAAAAUUACCAAAAAAUCAAGAAAUUAAUAUAGAUCAAAAAAAGAAGAAACGAGUAAAAGCUUUUGAAUCAAAAAAGUCAAUUCCUCAUAAAGUUGGAUCAUCGUCAACUAACACAAUAUCUGCUGAUUCAUUUUCAACUAAAGAAGUACCUUUAGUAUCAAGUAUUUCUAAUAUAAUACCAUCGGUACCAAGCCCUACAACUGCUACAACUGUAACAAAUGCAAAAUCUGAUCAUAAAAAAUGUUUGGGAAUAAAUGAUGUUUCACUGGAAACAUUAUUUGAUAAUACGAGUAUAAACAGCCAACCACCUUUGUAUAAUUUUGUGAGAGAUAAUAAUAAAUCAAAAUUAAGUUCUUGUGAUGAUAAAAUGAAGAAUAUAAAAGUUGUAAAACAUGUACAUCGUAAUGCAAUCUGUGUCAAAGGUUCAGAAGUCACUAUUAACAAAGAUAAAUUGCCUCUAAUAGCUAAUAUAACUGAAGAAAGAUUCUCAAAUGAACCUAAUAAUACUAUUCAAGAGACUACACAAGUUGUUGAUAAUUCAACUGCAAAUAUAGAUAGUUUGUCUAACUCACAAGUCACAUUGCCAAAUCCUGUUAUUACAUUGUUUCCAUCAUCUUUAAACGAGUCCAAUAAUCAAUAUCAGAACAAUGAUGUAUCAUUUCAAGGAAUAAAUUAUACUUCAUUCUCAAAUACUGAAGAUAUCAAAGCUGCUAAGCGAAAACGAAGUUCUUAAAUACAUACAUAAAUUAUUUUUAUAGCUUGAUAUUUUAUUUCUUAUCAUAUGUAUUGAACAAAGAACAUUACUUCUUAUUAGUUCUUAAAUAAAAUAAUCAGUACCAGUUGUGCUAAUAUGUAUAAUAUAUUUAUUAACUUGUUUAAGAUUGUUAAGAAUACUUUUUCCUAAUGAUUAAAAUAGAACAUCAUUCAUGACUGAUAUAUCCAUUUUUAGUUAUAAUUAAAGUAACAAUUAUGUUCAUUAAAGUUACAUAAUAUACAAUACAAUUUUGUAAUAAUAGAUAAUUUGACAUACGUUUAUAAAAGUAAAUUAGCUUUUUACAAACCUACAAACGUAGAUUUUUUUAUGUAAGUUUUUUUUUUUGUAAAUUAUAAUUCUGUACAAAUUUUGAGUUAACUUCAAUAUGAAUAAUCCAAUUAAAUUGGGAAUGUGUAUAAUUUAUCCUGUAUUAGUUUACAUAAUUAGAAAAAUAUAAAAUCUUUAAAUACAAUUAAUUUGUUUUAAUAAGA